UCGUUUCGCUUCGGCUGCUGUAUGAGUAAUUUAUCAUCAAACAAGUUUUUCCAUAUUAUUCAAAAAACUAUUCAAGUUAGUUGAAAGAAUAAUCUUGAAUGGUGAACUGUACACGUACAAAUUGCAAUUUAUCAAUGGGAAAAAGGCUGCUGCUCGCUGCUUACCGUUGGGUGCUGGUUUUAGUAGAGCUGAAACCCCUUUUUCGCUGAAUGCCGCUUGCUUUUGCCUCUGACUAGUGUCUCCCGUAUCGGAAACAGUGGUGUUCCAACGCGUCAAACUGCGAGUGCGAGUGUUUUGUGUGCUCCGCGUGUGCUGCUGCUGCUGCAAACCCCUGCCCGUGUUUUGGGCAAGAAAACUAAUAAAUUCUAAUCUGUCAUCCGGAGAGGAGUCGGACCCCGAAACGGAGCAGAAAAAAAACCCAACGAAUAAAAACAAACGCAAAUACUCGCCGACUGUGUGUACGAUAUAGUCGUGUGUGACAUUUCCGGUUUAUCGCCGUGCGCGCGCCAUCUUGGAUCCUUCCGGAAGAUAAAUCGAUUGACAUUUGUUGGCUAUCAUCGUCGUUGCUUGCUCGUCGAUCGGUGACAUUCGUGUUACGAUUCAACCUUCGAUCGCGCGCCGAGCGAAUCGUUCAUCGAUCGAUUGAUUGAUUGAUUGAUCAAGUUGAUAGCGCAGUGUUUGUGAUCACACCUACAGGGUGGUGCGUGUGUCUCUUGUUUAUAGAUUGGAUAUUGUUCAGUGGAGAAAAGAAAAAAAAUUACCAAGCGAAAACGCCAAAACAGUAAGAUCCAUGUAAAAUAGCUCAUUGUGUUGAGCGCCAAGCCACAAGGUUAAUAGCUCCCACCACAUUUUGAACGAAAUACGAGCGGAAAAAAACACCGAAAAAUUUGAAUAGAGAUAAAUCUUUCAGAAGUUGCCGCUCGCGCCUAUCGUUUCCUAAAUAUCAAAUUAAACAAAUAAGCGCAUUCGGAAGGCAAAUAGCACCGAGAGCAACAAACGAAAGCGGAGCGAGCGUGGGAGCAAACAUUUAGCGCUUAGCCCAAAAGUGUUUUAAGAUGACUCAUUUUAUUUAAUUGUGCGCUCUUUCGGAGGAAAUUACCAACGUUGGAAGUUGAUUUUUUUCACUGUAAAUUCGAAGCGGCAAAAGCAUAACACAUCAACGAGUGAAGGAAGAAGACAAGAAAAAAUCACGCAAUCGAUCGACAUUCAGAAAUAUAGAGUACAAGUGGUUCGCGUGUGUGUGUUUAUAUUUCUCCUCCGGGCAACCCCGCACGGUUGAGGCUAAGGGGGCCAUCAUCCGGAGUGAAAGCUUUUUACCUACGUACGUGACCGGACCGGUAAACUGCAGUCAAAACGUCGGAUCCCACGCGGAGGCUUGAGCACGCGACGUUCAGCAUGUUGACCGACAUGAGUCCGUCGGCAGCCGGACAGUUUUACGGCGCCCAGAUACCGGCGAUGGGUAUGAACAUCACCAACAUCACCCACAUGCAGAAACCGGCGGAACAUCAUCAUCCCGGUUUGAGGGGCACACCUCUAGCGAUGCUGGCAGCGCAGUGCAACAAACUGUCCAACAAAUCGCCACCACCACUGGCGGAUGCCGCCGUUGGAAAGGGUUUCCAUCCAUGGAAGAAAAGUCCCAUUUCGUCGGGACCACAAUCGCCGAACGCUUUGGUGAGCUCCCAGACGGCGACGAGCAGUGCUGCCAGCAAUGUGAUACAGUCUAGCCACAGAGGGCUGUCCGUGUCAUCUGCUUCGUCGACCGCAAGCCCCAUGUCCAACGUAACAUCCAGUCGCCCAAUAACUUCAUCUUGCGCGGCAUCCACAACGCCGUCCUACGGCAGUGACUUGUAUUUCCCGGGAGCCACCACUUCGCCGGCCUGUGCCGAGAAUCCGCACAUGCAGCACGGUAUUCUGGGAAAAGUCGAGGGAACGGCUCUCGGGUCGGUCUACUCGCGACAUCCCUACGAUUGGCCCUUUAACGCUGUCUCGGCAGCUACAGCCCACAAGACCGAUAACAUGAACUCCGGCUGGUGGGAUAUGCACGGAGCGGCCGGCAGCUGGCUGGACAUGGGAAGCGCUGGGAUGCACGCGGCAACCAUGGCGAACUAUGCGGCGACUGCUGCCGUCAGCUCCGACUACUCGACGCUGACCCACUCGCUUACCAAUACGGCCCACCUGCUUGGCAGCGGGCAGCACUUGCUGCAGGACACAUACAAAAGUAUGCUCCCGUCUCAGGGCGUCGGAAGCUUCGGCUUGCCGCACACACCGGCUUCACCGGCACCGCCAACGCCGCAGGCUCCGUCUCCUCGCAGUCAGCGUCGCUAUUCGGGUCGUGCCACCUGCGAUUGUCCGAAUUGUCAGGAAGCGGAACGGCUCGGACCGGCCGGAGUUCAUCUACGCAAAAAGAACAUCCACAGCUGCCACAUUCCCGGCUGUGGAAAGGUUUACGGGAAAACAAGUCACCUGAAGGCCCACCUGCGAUGGCAUACCGGCGAGCGGCCGUUUGUCUGCAACUGGCUGUUCUGUGGCAAGCGCUUCACCCGUUCCGAUGAACUCCAGCGCCAUCUACGCACACACACAGCAAAACACGUCAAAACACACGGAGCGUCGACAACGGCCGGUGGCAAUGGUGGCAGCGGCGGCACUGGCACUGGAGUGACCAAGAAAAACUCAUCCGAUUCAUGCAGCGACACCGAGGAGACCAGCCAAACUACUGAUCACCACCAGCAACCGGGCGGCGGUGGCGGUGGCGUUGGCGGAGCAACUGGCGGAGGCGGUGUCGGCGGCAGCCCCGGUGCGGCGAGUCACGUUGGGCACCUUGGUGCCUUGCCUCCGGGCAUUUCCGCUGCCAUGAGCGGUCAUCCCGGAGCACUGAACCAUUCCUCGCAGCAACAGCAGCAGCAGGGUGGAGGUUCCCACCAUCAUGCCCAUACUCCCAGCCCGGGGUUGGAGCACGUUAGCCAGUUGGAUGUCAAACCGGGUAUCGUUUGAGGUAUGCUUGGGGCACCCUUCUUCGGACACCACCAGGUCACGGGGCCCUUCUAAAACAUUCUUCUUUCACUAGCUUGGGAUAUCCGACGGGGGCAAGAACGGUUGGACAGGUUCACUAUGGUACAAAGAUUUUCGACUUUCCCAAUAAAAAAAAACAGAAGUUCGAGUUGUGGAAUGUGGUAUCUGAGCCCCACACCGAGUACGCGGAUGCACGCGCCCAAGCGCGCUCUGGUGUAAACGCAACGUAAGAUCAGCAAAUUGUGAUGUCUUUGUAUGUAAAUAUUUACACAAUAUAACUGAAACUAAAACGCCGAUCCAAAGCGAUAGGCGCUAAUCUUAUUAUCCACUAAUGUGUCUAUUCGUCACAGUUAAUCUGUUACGAACAAUUAAGUAAGCAACACACACAAAGUAAACACUCCCAUGAACACAUUGUUAAAUUAUUUUUUGUCAAAACAACCAAUAAACUUAUUAGAGAUACUGAGCGCUUAGCUAGGUGAGCUGAGCGUGUAAUCGUUAAACCUAACUGACGAGAACGUAACGAUGAGAAAUGAAAAAAUUGUAUAAAUUAUCCGCAACUUCUCUAAACUGGGGAAGGAAAAAAAACAAAACAGAUAAACGAGAGAAGUUAAAACCAAUUUAUUUAAACGAUACCUAGAAACAUAGCUAUUUUAUCACGAACAAAAAUAAUAAACUUUUAUGGCGCGCUGAAAUUCGAACCUAGGCUUCGGUAUUUCAGAGUAGAACUACUUAACUUUAUUACUUAAUGUAAAAUAAUUGUAACAUAUCAAAUGGAAACAAACAAAAAAAAAAGUGAACUAAUUGCACGGCAGGGGGUUAAACUAGAGCGGUUCCAGCCCGCUAUGAGUCGAUCGCGAAAGAUGGAGGAAAAACAAAAAAAGAUUAAUCAAUCGAUUGACAGAGAGUAUUAUAACCGGGCUGGGUUUGGCUGAGGAACUCGGAUAAUUAGACAGCAGCAACAGCAAAUUGCGCCGCUCUAGAAAAGUACUACAGGUAGAAAUGAACAGCGCGUUGUUGGUCCAAUUCGAUGAAUAAUUGUUGUAAUUAGGGAAGGGGGGGGGGGUGUAUUCUGCAGGUGAAUCAGUGUGGCUCCACGGGAGCGUAUCGAACGAAUCCGACAGGAAUAACUGCACCCCUAUAAAAUUAAUUGCUAUCAAAUCAAGGAACAAAAAAAAAUUAAAUUUAUUAAAUAUUUUAAUUAUUUCCAACCGCUCGAAACAGAGCGGGAUAACAUGCAAAAUAAAGUUGAAUUGU